CCGCUGCCGUCAGCGUUUCCGAACGAUAUUUGGAUCCACCGCGCUCGCUCUCUUGGUGACGGAAUUAUUGAAUUGUAUCAUCCUGCGCGCAUGUCGUCCGAGAACAAUUACCAUCUGCGUUUURUACGUGUUUGCCUGUUUUUCUCUUCGACUUGUGGUCGUGUACGAUAUGACAAAACGCGAUAACGAUCAAAAACUACGUCGACGCGACGGCGAAGACUUGGCGGCUUUCGCUUCCCCGACAAUAAAAAUCGCAACGGACACAUCUGCAGCGGAAUUAAAGACUGCUGCAGUWCUGUGGGAGAUACCGAGACAACCUCUUAGUGUGGACUUGAAUGUUACCGAUCGGAUGUUGAUGUAACGUUAAACUAUAUUAAAAACGAUGUACGACAAUCACAAAAAGUCGAAUAGUACGCUAUAUACGAUUUCGUAACAUCGUAUAAAAUACACUGAAUAUUACAACAUCUACAUCGCAGAACUUUGAGCGAGUGCCGCGGCGGMUGCAGCAGGACGUCCGGUAGGUCACCCGGUGAUGGGGCAUCACAAUCACAACGUCGAGCCGGCAAACAACGCGUUCGCACCACUACCACCACCGCCGACGCCAUCUGCAUCUAAAAAGCCACAUUCGUCGCCGGCCAUCGCAACUCGGCGKGACGUGAUCGGCACCACCGCAGCGGCCGGUCGCCACCAGCUCAACACAAACAACAGCAACAGCAACGACCGCGGUGCAGCAGGCAAUUGCACUGGCGCAACGUCGACAAUCGCACUGGUAACUGCCGCAAUGCAGAACGGAACGGCUGCGCCUGACCGGCCGGCCAGCGACUACUAUUACUAUUACGCGUACGACAACACUACCGAGACCGCACUAUUCUUUCCGCUCAACGGUUCUGCGGUCAGCGGACGGACAGGGCCGUUCGAGAAAUCCCAAUGUCAGUGGAUACCCGCCCAGCAGAGCCUUUUCCAGUUCUCCAACAUUUGUUUCCUGACCGCUUUCAUAGUUCCAAGGAGUUACAAGCUCAGCGUGUUGUCAUUGAGGGCGUUGCUGUUCUUAGGAUUUCUGCUUUCUGGUCUUUGGGCGUCCACGGACGUGUGCGCGAUGGAUGCAUUGAUCUGGUAUGGAUCACUAGCUCUGAUCAACGGCGUGCACGCGCUUAAACUGUGUAAAAAGCUCAUGCCACCCGCGUUAUCGGUCGAACUCAUGGAGUUGUACACGAGGGUGUUCAAGCCGCUCAAAGUCAGCGAGAAACACUUUCGGGAGCUAACGCGAGAGGCGGUCAUCGAGAAAUUGUCACCUGGCGAGUGUUACGCGGUCGAGGCGGUAACGGCUUGUGAUCAGCGACUGUCCAUUCUACUCAGAGGCAGGUGUGGUGUAACUUGCGAAGGUACACAGUUGCACAAUAUCAGUUCGUAUCAAUUCCUUGAUUCACCCGAAUGGAUGGCUUCAACUCUAAUGCACGGAGAAAAUAUGUUCCAAGUAACGAUAACGGCUGCCGAAGACUGUGUUUACUUAUGUUGGCAACUUUCAAAGCUCAAUCGGAUAUUCAAACACAGAACUCAAUUGCACGCUGUACUCACUAGUAUCAUAGGCAAAGACAUAACGCACAAAAUGUACUCGUUGAAUGAGCAGCUUGGUCAAGCAAAAAGUUUCGAUGAUCAGACGCGUGCUGCGCGCAACGAUCAUUGGCGGCAAGCGAUUUACAGGAGCGUCAGCUAUGACGCCGUCAACACGGGAACCAAAGGAACGGUCAGGUCUAAUGCUUGGAAACGAUACAGAGACCGAAAGGCGUCAUUGUUCGCGGAUCCCGGCGAAAGUCCGGUGCACGGUCCGCGGAGGUGUUGGAUACCGGUGUUGACCAAUCAACUUUCGGAUAGCACCACGGCAUACGGCAGCAUGGACGGACAAUCGUCUUCGGCCGACGAGGAACGCGAACCGAUGCUYCGCGGUAACCACCAGUCGGUAGACAUACCACUGUACCGGUUGGGUGGACAGCACCAGACGGUUGCCGCGUUGGCAUCGAUACCGGCGAUUGCGUUGAAAGCUGCCGGCUUGGAGCUCGACGUGGAGGCAGCCCAGCGACCACGACGCCCAAGCACGCUGCGGCGGCAAAACAGCAACGUGAGCAAUAGGGAAGUGAUGUUCGACGAGACGGUACUCUAAAAUGGCGUACACAAAUUGUUAUUUUGGGGAUCGAGGCUUGUAUUGCAUUUGCAUAUGUUAUUUUUUUUGUCUGUCCAUUGUACUCGUAUUGCUAAACAAUAAUAUCUACCUAUAAAUUUGUUUUAUGCUAUAAUAAGGGAUUUAUUCGUGAAUUUUUAAUAAGCAAUUUUGGGCAUUCGUUACUAUGAUAAUACGUAGCAAUUUUAUGUAUUCCACACAUUUGUACAGCAAAUAAUAAAUUUAUGAAUUUAUGCGUUGUGAUAAAAAAUAUAAUCUAAAAACAAGGUACACUCUAAGAAAAUAAUAUGCUCUAAGCGUCGUAUUUAAUUUUGAACGAGUAGAAAAUAACCAAAAAAUUUAGUAAUCAAAGCUAUAGACAAUUUAGUAGUUUUUUUUUUUAAAUAGCUACUGAUCAAUUGGUUUUUGAAAAUUACCUAAUUUCUAUCUUAGUUAAAAGUUAUUGUUUUUUAUAGUUUAAAACAUUUAUUUAAAAAUCUGUUCGUUCAAAUGUAAAGUACUUGUUAUUUUUAACUAAGAUCAUUGGUGAUGCCAUUGAUUAAAUUAACUGAAUAAAUUGGUGGUACCAAUAAACCAAAAAUAAUUUUCUAAACUUACCACUACAGCGCCACCGCAUGUACAUAUUACAAGUAAUAUACAAUAAUAAAAAAUGUAGCAUUUAUUACUAAACAUUAUAAUUAUAACAAAUCAUAACAGAUUAUAACAAAUUAUACAUAAUACAUAUAUUAUAUUAAUAAUUAUCAUUCAGUAUUCUACUCGGACAGUAUAGUCACCUAUGUAAUAGAACGUUAGGAUUUUCGCCAGUGAAUACAAGUUACCUAUAUUUUGUAUUUAACAUAUUAGCUCAGAUAAUUCCAUAUUUCCAUGCACUACUCAUUAAGUAAGAAAGUUACUUUUUUACUAAAUUUUAACUUUUUAAGUUUCUAAAUAAUUAGUGUCCAUAUUUUGACAGUAAUGGUAGAAAAUGGUGUUUGCAGUGUUCCUUAAGUCCAACUAAUUAAAGUAGUUUAAAAUAGUUAUUACUUAUCAGAAAUGAUUUCUUUUCUUAUGAUAAACAUAAUUAUAAGUAAAAAUAAACAAUAUAUUCAGUUCCAAUUUAUAUUUUAUUUAAUGUAGUAAAAUACAUUUUAAGUUCGAUUUUAUAUAUUUUGCAAUAUCCCAAAAUCAAAAGUAUUUAAUUGUAGGUACCCACCUAACAACUUCUCGAGCAUUAUAAAUUUAUAAAUUACAUUUAUGUACCUACCUACAUAAUUUUGAUUCCAUUGAAAGUACGUAAAUUGUAAUUUUAUAAAUAUUUAUCUUAAAGAUUAUAUUAUAUGAUCAACCUUUUCAAUUGUGUUUGGCUGUACUUAUUACAAAAUUAUUAUACAUGACGUUGCUGACUAUCAUUGUUUUAUAAUGUUUAAUAUUGGGCACAGUGCACACAAAAAUCAAAAYAGUAAAAUAUAAAAAUAAAACAUAUUCAUCACGUUUAAAAUAAGUUACUGAAGUGUAGGCGUGUUUAUAAAGUAUAGGUACUUACCUAUUUUUAUCAAUCCAAUCAAAGUUGAUUAGUAAGAUGCAAGACAAUCACAACAAACAGAUAUCCUUUAUGUACAAGUUGUUUGUGGUAAUAAAUUCUUUUUAUUUUUAAAUUUAACAUUUUAUAGGUUAUUAUUAAUAUGUAUUAAAUGUAAAGUUGUAAAGUUAUAGCUAUAACUUCAAAAACUUUUUUGAUGAUUUACAUUUAGAGCUGAGCGCUCAUAAAUUAUAUUUAAAGGUCUUUGAUAAUACCUACCCACUUAAAAAUAAAACAAAGUUUAUUUAUGUCACUUAAUUAUUGUCAUUUAGAUAAAGAAAAACACUUUGAUAAGUUAUGUGUUCUUUAAGCUUGUGUAAUUACYAGUUAUCAAAUACAUAUAUUUAAUUUCAAAUCAAUCUCUAUUCUCUUUAUUAUGUUUCUUAGACUUUCAAACGUUGACGUGAUAAAUGUCUUAGAUAGUAUAUACAAAUUAUUAACACAUAUUAACGCUCAUCACCAUAAAAACUAAUUAUCAUAAAAUGAGUUUAAAGUGAAAAGUAUAGUAUAAUAAUAUAUAUUAAUAUGCUGUAUGUGUAGAUAAACAACAUUCUUUAGAAAUUUAUU